UCUGUGCGACUCUGAUUUUGCGCCAUCUGUUGGUCAAAUUUGUUUAAUUUCAGCUGAUUUUAACACUAUAAACUGUCAGAAUUUAAAACUAACAGACAAAGAAGACAAAAAAAUAAAACAAAAUUUUCGUUGAUUACAAAUCACAGUACAAAGUAAAAAAAAAUAUAGAAAAAACUAUUAAAAAGAAACGAGUUAUGUAGAGUGAGGCUGCCGAGGCCUACUUAAUAGAGGUAUGGCAACAAAACACGCCAGAUCUGGGGUCAACGCGAAAAAAAUAACCACAUAUACGAAGAAAUGUCUUCUACGAUGUUUUUGGCUGGACACGAAUAUACGUCCACUGAGAUUAAAAUUAAGUUGCACAAUUUUACCAAAAAAUACAGACAAGAAAAGCAGAAAAUUGGUCCAGCGGGUGGCUCCCCUAGUCGGUGGAAAUAUUAUGAGGCGGUCCACCAAGCACUAUGCGGAUUUUGUUCCGCCGAGGUAGACAUGGAACCUAUUUACAUUGAGGACGAUACAGAAGGAGAGUCGCCGCUCUUAAGCGUCUUAACGUCGCGUGGUUGCGCACGUCCAUCGUCAAGCGAUGCUGUGAAAAAGAAAAAAACAGUGUUAACAAUAAUGGAGGAAAUUAAGGAUGACUUAUUAAAGGCGACUAUAAGCGAUUUAUAUAUGUAUAACUAGCUGACCCCGCAGCCGUUCUCCUGCGUGAAAUUAUGUAUUUUGAAAUGAAAAGAAAGUUAAAUUUAUCAUUUAAUUUUUUUUUUAAUGUAACGCAGCUUUAUAAACAACGUUUUUUUGGUUUCUGUUCCGGUGUACAGAAAAGAUGGUUUUCCAACUCGUGAGCACGCCACGGCCGUGUGAAAAACAUAGCAUUUCCUUAUUUAUGCCGGAAUACGUUUGAACUGAAAUGGAAAAUCGUUAGAACUCGAAAGAAUUCGUAGAAUCAAGCAUUCUCCCCCAUGCAUUCGGCGCAUGAAGAUUGCAAAACAAAAUAACGACGGAUCCUACAUUAAGACGCAAAUGAUGCGGUGGCAUACCAAGCCUGUCCAAAGAAUUAAGAAAUACCACUGGAUAAUUCACGGCGUCGUCUUCAUUGUCAAGACGAUCGAUCGAUUUGUAUGAGCGCAAGUCUGCCGAAAUUUGCCUUUGAACCUUCCAGUUUAAGCCAACAACAUCGGUAUUUUUGGCAGCUAACAUUACGCGUGCACUUAAGGAAUCGUAGUUUUGUGAUGAGUUCAUCUUUCGUGAAUUGAUAAAAGGAAAAUG